CGACUGCAAUGCAACCAUCCGCCGUCGCCCACUUUCCGCCAGAGCUUCUUGAUGCUGUAUGCGCUACCAUCUUCUACGCUGGCGAGCUUCCCCCUGUGCCAUCUCUGGACCCAUUAGUCUUCCACAGCAACGCUGCCCCGACUGGUUUACCAUCAUCAUAUCCUCCUCCACAAUGGUCAGGGCAGCUAGCCCUUCGGUCCCUCGCUAGUCUUUGCCUCACAAACCACGCUUGGUUUGAAGCAGCUAGGCCGUGGCUCUGGCGCAAAAUCGAGGUCCGCCUCCCCCAAAACUGGCUUGCCUUCGUAGCUGAAGUCACCAGCGGCGAAGAAGAAAUCAACGAAGAAGAAAUAGAUUGCUCCAUCCGACGAGCUACCAUCGCUGCACUCGCGUCUAAGUCUCUUGGUCUGCCUGAUGACGAUGAAUCUAAAAAGCUGCUGCAUGAGUCCAUCGUCGCAUCCCUCUCCGGACCUGACAGCUCGAUCCCCCCUGAGCUACUAUCUCCACCCGCCUCCCGCGAACCGUCCCCUCGACGUAUACGCGCCAAGUCAAAGAGCCCAGCUCGCUGGAAGAUUAUGCAAUCGAUCAGCGACGCCCUCCAGCUUGUGCUGCAGCAGGACGGGUCUGGAAUUUACGUUCCGAUCCCUGAAAACCCAUCCCCAGGGCGCUACGUUCGGCGCAUUGACUUCAGUCAUUUUCGGACUAUCGGCAUGCGCCGGGUGACUGGCGAGGCCAUUAAGCACCGUUUCGUGACCACAGAACGCUUGGAAAACGUUCUCAAGGAGUGUCCAAAUCUAACUGCUUUCGGCGCAACGGAAUAUAUGGACGGUGCUCUUUCCUUUUCGGUGCUGAAGGAGCUCUUUCUUCGGGGUUCUCCAUCCCGUGGACGAGGUCGUUCAUCUCGUGCGCGAAGUCUUGCCCUAGAAAACGGUGACGAUCAAGAGGAACUCGACCUAGAACGACGCAGAGAAAGUAAGGAUCUCGUUGCGGUGGACUUCACCGGUUGUGUUUCGGCGAUAUUUUUCAGCGCCCUCACGGAAUUUGUCCAAACAUACAUUAAUAUUGAUGAAUCCAAUCCGAAUGACGAGGAUCACGGAAGGAGCUCGCCCACACAUCGCGGCGCGAGGGAGCCGAUGCAGUUUCCGGGUCUACAGAGGCUCUGUCUACUGGGUGUCAAGACGAUUCAACCUGACGUUCUCCACUCAUUCGUACUUGCAUUCCCCUCACUCACGCACCUUGACCUGUCGAGUACUCGUGUCACGCCAGAGCUUCUACAGGCACUUGGCUCGUCGACGACCGUCCGCCUGGAGUCACUCGCCCUUGCUCGUUGCACCCGCCUUACUGGUGACGCCAUCACGGAUUUCCUCGUACAUACCCGUUGUGCCCGGAACAUCCGACACCUCAAUCUUUACGGCGACGCCACUUACCCUUCCCCGCUGACGGCUGAUAACCUCGCUUUACUCAUUGCACAAGCUCCGUGCUUUACAUCCGGCGCUCUUGAAUACCUUGACCUUUCAAGCGCCCCUCUCAACACGGCGCAUUUGUCUGCAUUUUCCCCGCAACCGCGUUUGCGCUCAUUAGGACUGUCGUACAUCCCGCAUCUCUCUCUUCGUUCCAUUUCAGAUUUCCUCCGCGCUCGUGCAAGCACUGUCGAAGUACUUACGCUCAUCUGUACCUCACCCGAACUCGCCAUCCCUGUAUCAGGCCGCGUCUUCAAUGCCUCACUCGCCUUACAUACAAUUCUCAUCCAGCCGCUAUGUAUGCCUCCGUCACACAUCUGCACAGGCCUUGACCCAGAGGAAGACGCCCUUAUGGCCCAGUUCGCGCUAACGCAUCUGCGCGUACUCGAGCUUUCCAUGCCGCUUCUCAACGGUCUGGGUGCUGGAGCGGGUACUUGGCGCAUCGUGCGUAGUAAAGGCGGUCGCGCUUGGUACGUUGACGUCGCAAGCGGCUGGACGGCCGAACUCUCAUCCGGAUCUACUGGGCCUGGACCUCUCGCAGAUUCGAAUACGAGCCCAAGUGGCGGCUCCGAGUUCCGCCGUGCAAUGACUCGUGACCAUCCACUCCGCGCGGCGCUGGAACGCCUCGCAGAUGCGCGAGGGAACGUCAGUAGCGGGACCGGUUGGCAUUCUCGCAAGAUGGAGGUCCUUGCUGGUGAUGGGAUGCUCGGUCAAGAGGAUGGAUUGUAUGGCGCCGUUGCGUUUGCGUAUCAAGGAUAAUUUUCGUCGGCAUUUCCCCUCGGACUCCUUUUUUUUGUUUGACAACACACUACAUGCUACGCUGAAGUUGCAUCCGUUUGUCGUCGGUUUCGUCCUUUGCUUUUCGUUUCUUCGAUACUCUGGAUCUACUACUUAUCUUGCUUACUCGAUGUUAUUACCAUCGUUCUGCAUCAUGCUUUCUGCUUAUUACAUCAUCUCAUCCUAUUUCACCAUCAUAUCUUAUAUCAGUUGCAAACAUCGCUAUGCACUACAAUUAGGUUAUUGACGUCGAAUUUCUCAUUUUCUUUCCCUCUUUCUUUGUGUCCGUCAUACCACCUCCCCGGAAAACGAAAACUGUACUCUAAUCUUCGAUUUUCAUUUAUUGAUAUAUUGGGCUUUGUUUGUCGCUCUUGGAUAAGAGUUUU